AUGGCGAAGCCAACACCUAAACUGCCUGUGCAGCAGUUUGUGAUAUUAGUUGUCUUCACAUCCGUCUUUCCAUACCUACCUGAAAUGGUCCGGACAUUCGGCGUUGUCGAAAGAGAUGUUGCAAAAUGGGUUGGCAUCCUCUCUGCCAUAUUCGCCUUGUGCCAAUGCAUCACUGCUGUCCCCUGGGGAAACCUGUCUGACCGAAUUGGCCGCAAGCCCGUAGUAUUAAUGUGUCUUUCUGCAACAAUGUUUUUUACGCUUCUGUUCGGAGUUUCUACUUCACUUCCCAUGGCUGUAUUGACGCGCGCAUGUCUUGGGUUCAGCAGCGGGAACGUCGGGAUUAUUCGAACUGUUGUGGCCGAGCUUGUCCCCGAGCGUGAGCUUCAACCUCGUGCCUUCAGUUUAAUGCCCCUAGUAUGGACUAUCGGGAGCAUUUUCGGUCCCGCGUUUGGAGGGGCCUUAGUGAAUCCGGUGAAAAAAUACCCAGAAAUAUUUGGAAAUAGCCAUUUUUUCAAAACAUACCCUUUUUCAUUGCCGAAUAUUCUCGCGGGAGGGUUUUUUAUUAUUGGAAUUGUUACGGGGUUUUUAUUCUUGAAGGAAACUCUGUCAUUCAAAAAGAAUGAUCGGGACUAUGGUCUCGUCCUUGGUAAAAUGCUAACAAGUACUUGCUGCGGCUGUGGGAGAAAACCGGAAAAAAAUCCCGGACAUAAAGACAACGAAUCCACGCCCCUUCUUGGUGACAGUCGGGCAUCGGUGUCAGGUGCUGGUAAGGAGCAGAAAAGGCAAAAUACCUCUGCUAAAUGGACGGAGGUUUUAACCUUCCAAUCUGUGAUAAUUCUCUCAAUAUACGCCUCGUUAGGGCUCCAUAGCGUAGCCUUCGACUCUGUGCUACCCGUGUUUUUGAACCAUCCAAGGCAGAAAAUGGAAAAUAACCCUGAUGUAAAGCUUCCAUUCAAGUUCUCUUCCGGAUUUGGGAUAGAUUCACAAGCCAUUGGUAUCUUGUUUACACUGAACGGAGUACUGAGUGCCGUGGUCUUUGCAUUCCCAUCAUCGAUCAUACUGCUUACAAACUCAGCUUCGAGUGUUUCUGUCCUUGGAACCUUGAAUGGUGUUGCCACGAGCGCUUCUGCUAUUGGUAGGGCCAUUGGUCCGGCUGCCUUGGGCGGUAUAUUCUCUGCUGGCGUCAAAGCAGGGUACAUGAUAAUACCUUGGUGGACCUUGGCUUUCAUAGCAGCAAUUAGCGCGCUUCCAGCCUUUUGGAUCAUUGAAACAGACGGCUUCGCAGGUAAUACUGAAGAACAAGAUAAUGAAGACAUAGUCGUGGCUAUCGGUGAUACGGAACAGGAUAGCCCACCCCUUCUAGAGGUGCAACCUGAAAAUACAGCCGGCCAAAGAGAGCUUAGCAAUUCAGACGGCAAAGCCGCAGAGGAUAAGACCACCCCAUCAGCCUGA